GGUUCUGUUCGGACACAAACUCGUGACUGGUUUCAUGUUUGUGAAGUGACCGCAGCACCGGAACCGGCCGCUGCGGCGGGACGACCCGUCAGACGACCCCGAACAUGCCUCCUCGUCCUCGGACAUAAGUCGCUAGUUACACCCGCUGAGGAAGAAGAAGCAUGUGGAGAGUCCAGAGUUUGGUUGGCAGAGUGCUGCAUCGAUGCCAUGGCAGCACCUCCCUGCGACUGCCGCAGAACCACCACGUGGAGGAUGAGGUCUUCAACAACUCCACUGUCCUCUCCACCUCUCGACACUCCUCUGACAGCAGCUCUCAGAACGAGCAGGAUGGAGAGAGGAGGAAGAAACAGAGGACCUUCCAGUUUGGCUACACUGAGCUUCCACAUUACACUGUGCUGGAUGCUGUGGGAUGGGGUGCAGCAGCGGCUCUGUUUGUGCAGAUCUGCAGGAGGAUCCACUCUAAGUUCUCUUCAGGCACAGAACCCAGUCCAGCGCCUGGAGCCCUGACAGCCCCCUCCUCGCUGAAUAAGUUUGGCUACCGCAUCCUUUUGGAGAUCUUAUCCCGGAGUGAUGUCCUGCCCAGGGGGAGCAACAGUUUGUUGUGCCUGGAGGUGUUGCCAGAGAGACAGAGCCAAGAUCAGGCUGCAGCUCAGAGCAGCAGCAGCAGCAGCAGCAGCAGCAGUUCAGGUGACGCUAGACUUCACAGCAGCAGUGACAAUCUGACUGAUCACAGCUCCAUCUCUGACCACCAGAGGGCAGUCCUCAACCACGAUUCACCCAUACCUGAUUUAGAGGAAUCACAUCUGUCAGCAUCCCAUCUUCUGCAGAAUGAUGCCAGUCAAGACAACACAGAGGCUAAAGAUGCUAAUGAGAAGGACGUGCUGUCUGACGAGGAGAGGCUGGCAGGAGCAACACAGAACCUCAGACAUGUUGGAGACAGCAGCGUCUCCGUCACCCUCAACAUCAUAGGUCUGGAAAGUGCCAAAAGUGGGAACUACGACCAAGCGUUUAGCUGCUUUCUAGCUGCAGCUGAGCAGGGUUACAACAAAGCCCAGUUUAACGUCGGUGUGUGCUAUGAGAAAGGAAGAGGAGUCAGCAAGGACAAAGAGAAGGCUCUGUAUUACUACAGGCAGGCAGCAGCCGGCGGUCACACACAGGCUCAGUACCGCUAUGCAAAGCUGCUCCUGACCAGCAGGGGGCAUCAGGGUUCAGAGGAGUUGAACACAGCCAUUGACCUGCUGGAACAAGCUGCUGGAGCUGGACUCACUAAGGCUCAGCUCUGCCUCGCAUCAGUCUACAGUCAGGAGCCAGUGAGAGACGAGAGCAAGUCUGUCCAAUACCUGCAGAUGGCAGCAGAGAACGGGGAUGACACCGCCCUGCUGUUCCUGGGUCAGUGUCACGAGAGCGGCUUCGGGGUGCAGCAGAACCUGGGGGCAGCGAUUGAAUUCUACAAACGAGCCGCUCAGGCAGGCAACAAGCAGGCUGAGGCCUUACUGACGCCUCCUAAAGACAGAUACAUAAAAUCUGAAGAUGCAGUGUUACGCUCCAUCCGUUCAGCUCCCGUCUUCUCUGUGGCCGAUCGUCUGCUCCAGCAGCCGUUGGCCGCUCUGGCCGCUCGUGGCCCCCCCGCCACCAGUCACCACGCCACCCUUCCCCUCCUGCCUCACUCCUGGAGCACCGGGAGCCUGUGUGUCCCGCCGCUACUUUCGUCCACACCUCUUCACUUCCAUCCCCAAAGCACAGAGGGAGGAAUCUGCCAGUGGACUGUGGGGAUUGGAUAGUUGCCCCUGAGCCAGCGCAGGCCAAACUGAGGAAUGUACUGUUACUUCACAGAGGGGAAAGGUCAAGGUGUUUAGAUUUGUAAAUAAUGUGAAGUCUGGAUUUGAGUGAAAAGAUUUUAUACCUUUUUUAAGUAUGCAAGUGUUGACAUGUUAAUGUAUUGUGGGUUAUGUAUGGAUACGUGUGACAACAUACAGUGCCUUGCAUAAGUAUUCACCCCCCUUGGACUUUUUCCCAUUAUGUACUGUUACUAACUAGAAUUCAAAUAGACUUAAAUAAACUUUUUCCCGUUUGAUCAACAAAA